AUGAAUACAAAUAGAACAGAUAAUGGUUUGUUGCAAGACUGUUAUUUUGGUCCUUGUGUUUUGGUUGAUUCUACCAAUGUGAACAAUUAUAAAAAAAAUUCACCUUCAAGGAAUUCAAUCUCAUCAGAUCUUAGUUAAAAAGAAAUUGAGUAGUAAUCUAAUAAUAUUUCUCGGAAUGUUGAAAUCCUACCCAUAACUCUGCAAGUGUUAAAGGCCAAACAAAAUUUUAGAACUAAGGGGAAUCCUAAUCAGCAAUCAUAAAGCAAUUUCAUUAAGGGAAGCAAGAGACAAUUACUUGAACCUAAAAAUUAAAAAUAAGAAGGACCCUCCUUCUUGAAAACCUAUAUUAAAAAUAGCAUCAUAAAUAAAUUUAAAAAUAACCUAUAUUAAUCGUCGUAUGUACUCCCAUAUUACAUGAAAUAAAUAUUAGAUAAUGAAAACUAUCUGUAAGACUAAAAGGAAAAAACCAAAUAAAAUUCAAACAAACUAGAGAGAAGGUAAUACAAUUAUAUUUAAAGUCAGUAACGAAAGCGGUCAAACAAACAAAAUGUUGAAAUUAAGUCAUUUGCUAAUGCCUGAUAAAAAUCUAACAAUUUUAUGGGAUUUCAUAUCAUUAUUAGUUUUGUUCCUUAGACUAUUUUUUUGCACAAUGAUUGCAUCUUUUGGAUAAUCGGACAACUUUUUUAAAGGCUGUGAACUUUUCUUUAAUAUAUACAUGCUUUUCGAAACUGUAUUGACAAUUUUUAGGCCUGUAAUUCUUUAAGGAGAAAUUGUAAGCGAACUUGAAUAAAUUUGGAUUUUGUAUUUGAAACAAUAAAUGUUAGAAGAUUUAUCGAGUUUUGUUAUUUGGUUUAUGAUUUAUUUUGAUUUAAAUAAAGUGGUAGUUCUUAAUGAAAUUUUGGCCAUUACAUAAUUUAUCAUAACUGUUAGAUAAAUAGCAAGAAAAUAUAAUAUUCAAAUCGAAUAAUUGUAUUUAAAAGGAUUUAAUAGUGAUUUUUUAGAUUUGAUUAGUCUGUUCAUUAUUAUAUGUUUUUUUGCUCACACUAUGGCUUGUUUAUGGCAUUAUAUAGGCUACACCACAUAGAAUCAAGGUUCAUGGUUAACAUACUAUGAAAUAAUAAAUGAAAAUGUUUGGUCUAAAUAUAACCUUUCUUAUUAUUGGGCUACUGUGACCAUGGUUACUGUUGGAUAUGGAGAUAUUACACCAAAAAAUCAAGCUGAGGUCGCAUUUGUAUCUAUAGUAAUGAUAUUGUCCAGUUGUAUGUUUGCUUACUCAAUGAACUCUAUCGGAGUGAUAGUGAAAAUUAUCUAUGAUGAAAAAACCAAAUUUAAGUAUUCAUUUAUUGAAACAUUCCUAGGAGAACUUUAAUAUUGAUGAAUCAAUAUAUGUCUAAAAACGAAGUUGAUUCUUCGAUCCAAAGCAGAGUGAAGAACUAUAUUAAAUUUAGUAUUGAAAAUGAAGUCUUGGAGAACAAAGAAGAAACAGCUAAAAUAAUAAAUGAUUUACCAGUUGGUUUAAGAAAAGAAUUAGAAUCAGACAUCUAAUAGAAAGCUAUUUAGAAAAUAAAGGUCAUAACAGAUUACUUUUCAAUACAAACUUCGAAUUAAGUUAAAAACAAUUUGUUUCCAGUCAAAUUCACUCCUAAGGAUAUAAUAUAUCACAGAGACGAUGCGAAAGAAAAAAAUUUGUAUAUUCAAAUAAUUAUGUAGAUAUUUCAUUUCUGAAGGGGAAGUGUAAAUCUUUGAGGAACAAAGUCAAAAAGUAAUCAGAAGAUUAAAAGCAGGGGAUGUUUUUGGAGAGUUCUAAUUUUUUACAGGUUAGAAUCCAAAAGAAUCUACUAUAAGUGUAGGAUUUACAUAAUUGUAUAAGAUAGAUAGGGAGAAAUUUAUAAAGAUCAUAAAACAAACACAAAAAGAUUAUGAAAAAUUUCAUAAAAUCAAAGACUCUAUUUUAUAUUCAAAAAAUUAUAAUACUAUUCUAUCUAAAUGCUAUAUAUGCAACAAAUAUACACAUAGAGAUAUUGAAUGCCCUUAUUUAACAUAUCAACCUUCUAAAUAUCUAAAAAUUUUGAAAUUUAAUAAGUUUGAACAUAAUGAAAGACAAAAAUACACCAGAAAUAAUAGAAAAAAUAUCAAAGCAUAACUUGAUCAAUAAUAGAUUGAAACUAUUAUAAGAGACUUUCAAGAAUUCUUAUCAGAGACAAAUUUAGGAGAACAAAAUGACUAAGUCCUAACAUAUCAAGUAUCAGACACUGUUAGUGGAUAAGUUGAAUCAAUUCCUUUAGAAGAAGUAAAAUAGAAAACUUAGAAUUCUAUUAAUAAAAAUAUUCAACAAAACUAUUUACAUCAAAGAGAAUCAUAAGCCCCCAAUCUGGACUUAGAUAAGAAAAAGUCAGUUGUUUUAAUAAAAUAAAGGCAAUCUUUAACAGAAGAGGAGAGAAGAAAAACUCAAAUUUAUCGAGAAACUUUAAUUUUUAGGCAGUUAGAUUAAUUCUAAGUGAAAUAACAGUUCUAUGUGUUAGAAGGAUUUGAUAAAAUGUAGAAUUAUAUAGAUUAUUUACCACAUAACAACGCUAAUUUAGUUAUCCGAAAUGCAAACAAAGAAAAACCAAAGGCUAAAUCUAUUAAACCUUAGGUCUUUAAAUUUUCGAAUAGUUUUAGAAUUGCAAAAAAUAUAUGA